AUGUUUGUAGACAUAAUCAUCAAUGAUCAUCAAAUCAAAGGCUUCUCGCCCUGGCCAGGUCGUAUCUCGGAGCCCCCGGCAGAGCUCCGCCGUCUUACCGUCAAGAAAAACAUUCCCGAUCGAUGCAUUUUCUCCUUUGGUUCCAACAACUAUGCAUGGAUCGAGGAAACACAAAUCAAGCCAUACCAGGAGUUCAAAGAGAAGCUGCUCUCGUCGUACAAGUCGGCCGGCUUCAAGGAGGCCGUCCAGCAAAUCGAAGAGUUCAUCGCCUCGCCGGAAAACUUCCAGCAUCUGUUCGCCUCGGAGUAAGACAACCGCCCCGAUCCGGACGUCGAGUUCAACAAACUGCGCGAAGGUGGCACCGAAAGCGGCGAGGAAACGACCGUCAACAACACGUUCACCCCGGCAGCGCUGGAAUCGGUCGAAACGAAACCCGUAACGGCCAAGAAAUCCGCCGCCAAAAAGAAAGCUGUUUCCACAACCAAAGCCCGCGCGAUAGGCAACAAAGCGAAAGCUGCAACGGCCCUGAACGACACUUCAUCGCCCAAGCUCAAACGGAAAAUCCUCGACGAUACCCCCGGCGAUGUGUCCUCACUUGAUCUCGACACUUUCUCCCCGGUGCGUCGCAAUGUACUUGUAUCACAUCUGUUGAACCGACCAACGGUAGCCCGCCCAGCCACGCCGGAAAUCGAUAUGACCAGUGCACAGUGCGUGUCGAACGCGCUCCAGUCGCGCAACAUUCAGGCCUCGAAUCUGAAGUUCGGGUUCCUCGGACUAGGCAUCAUGGGCUGCGGCAAGGUCAAGAAUCUACUCAAUUCCGGCCACUCGAUUGUGGUUUGGAACCGGAAGUUCCAGGAAGCGGGCGCCGAAGUCGCCGACACCCCGUCGGACGUGAUCGAAAUGACCGAUGUGACGUUCUCGUGCGUUGCCGAUCCCCAGGUUGCCAAAGAGUUGGUAUUCGGAAAUUGUGGCGUCAUGUCGGCCAAUCUGGUCGGCAAAGGCUACGUUGAGAUGACCGGCAUCGGUCCCGAAACGUCACAUGACAUUGCAGAGCAAAUUAUCGCCAAAGGAGGACGAUAUCUAGAAGCACAAAUUCAGGGAUCCAAGAACCAAGCGGAGGAAGGAACGUUAAUAAUUCUGGCCGCCGGAGAACGGUUGCUGUUCGAGGAAUGCUAGACCUGCUUCGAGGCCAUCUCGCGCAACUCGUUCUACAUGGGCGACGUGGGCAAUGCAACCAAGAUGAAUCUGGUCCUGCAGAUGAUCUCCGGCGUGAUGCUGGCCGGUAGUGCCGAGGGGCUGGCGCUGGCCGAUCGAGCGGGUCUUCAACAGAAGGAUGUCCUGGAAGUGCUGGAACUGACAAGCAUGUCGUCAGAGCUGGUCAUGCAAAAGGGAAAUGCAAUCAUCAAGGGCGAAUUCCCGCCCCAGCAGGAACUGAAGCACAUGCAGAAGGACCUCAACCUGGCGCUGAACAUGGCCGAAGGUCUGGAGCACCCCCUGCUCAUCACGGCCGCCUCCAACGAGGUGUACAAGCACGCGAAACGCCUCGGCUACGGUUCCCACGAUUCCAGCGCAGUUUACGUGCGGGCAAGGUUUUAACAGCGACUCGGUCUAGCGCUGAAAGGAGGAGAUGUGAGCUUGAAGAAUUGAACGGCGACGACGAAGAAGGAAUGCAUGUAAGAGCGCGGGGAUGGACCAAGAUGGACGGAAUAACGCAUCCCUGCUGGGCACCACCGAAAUGUUGGGGUGGGCAGGGACGGCGUGGACGUUUGGAAAAAAGUUGAAG